AAUGACAUCUAACAUUGGAGCUGAUCCAUAAAGGUUGACGGCCGGGAUUGGAUCGUUGGAAAAUCUCAAGCAGGUUACCUCUCAGGCUUCUCACUCUGUUACUCAAGCCCUUGUUCAGAUUCCACGACGACAAGCGACUGACUGCCACUCUAUCAGCAUUCAGCAGUCCGCUGCCAGGCAACAUGACGACGCCGUACAGGCUCUCUAUCGGCAUCGAUUUCGGCGUGUGCACGAGCGGGGUUUCGUACUGCCUGUUGGGCCCAAAUGAAGCGGUGUCGUCGGCCGUCGAAAUCCUGUUCGGCAACAAACGCAAGAAUCUGGUGCCGUCCGCGUUGGGCGUCAAUGGCAACUGGGGUAACGACAUCGCAGCAGGCGAAGACAAAUUCACGCUGUUCAAGCUUCAGCUUCUCCACGCCGACGAUCUACUUCAGAGCUAUCGCCAAACACCAGAGCAGCUUGCAUUCGUCCGGGAUGCCCUUGGGAAGAUUGAGAUAGCGAGUAAGACCGGCGUCGACGUCGUGGCAGAGUACCUGCGCCGCUUGUGGGCCUCUGCGGCCGACUCUCUUUCCCGCAUCUUGAGACGCAAGGGCCUGAGCCUUAGUGAUGUAGACGUCCGCUUUGUCUUUGGUAUCCCUGCUGUCUGGCGUGUGGGUACUCGCUCGCGUAUGGAAGAGGCCAUCCAGCACUCGGGGCUUCUCGAGUUAGGCGAUAGGCCUCCGGCACCACUCGACUUCAUUGCCGAACCCGAAGCUGCUGCUAUCGCCACGUUUCCUCGACUUGCUCCGAGCUAUAAUCUGCAGGAUGGGCAGACUAUUGUGAUCUGCGACUGCGGUGGCGGUACAGUGGAUGUGAUUUCGUAUAAGAUCACCUCACUCGAAACCCUGACCGUCAGGGAGAUUGUGUCCGGAGAGGGGCAACUAUUGGGCGAUAUGUUUAUGAAGAGCGCCUUGGUAGCACUGAUCAAGUCGCGCGUCCAAGAGGACUACCGUGACAAUGCAGACCUUGACCUCGCUGACCUUGAUAAUGAAAUUGAGGCGGCCUGGGCCAGAGUGUCUAGAAUCCAGGGCAAUACUAUGAGGAGAGCGGGCUGGUGCCACCGGUUGGACAUCACAUACGUCGGUGGCCGCCUCGGACGGCAAGUCGUGCUUUCCGGACGAGAUGUUCUACGCGCUCUCAACACCUGCACUGACAGCAUCGUCAGACUUCUUCGGACGUAAAUGGACGGGGUGGAGGAGAAGACCGGUAGAGGGCCCGAUCUCAUUGUGGUU